AUGUUUAACGUUCGCCGCCUCGCGCUCUUCCUCGGAGCUCUGCUCCCUGCGGCUGUUGCUGCUCCCACUCCUGCUACUCAGCAGAAGGGAGAAAUCAUCCCCAACAAGUACAUCGUUACCCUCAAGGAGGGCGUUACCUCUGAUGACUUCAAGUCUCACGUCAACUGGGCCCGCAGUGUCCAUGCCCGCAGCUUGAACAAGCGCGACACCGUCGGUGUUGAGCGCGAGUACCAGAUCGCCAAGUUCAACGCCUACGCCGGUGAAUUCGACGCCGAGACCAUCGAGCAGAUCAAGAGCCACCCCGAUGUCGCCGAGAUUGAGGAGGACCAGGUCUACUACCUCUUUGACGAAUCCCCUGAGGCUUCCAAGCGAGCUCUCACUACCCAGACCGGCUCUACCUGGGGUCUUGGUACCGUCUCCCACCAAACCUCCGGCUCUACUUCGUACAUCUACGACAGCAGCGCCGGCCAGGGCACCUUUGCCUACAUUAUCGACACUGGUAUCCUCGCUACACACCAGCAAUUCGGCGGCCGUGCUUCGCUCGCUUACAACGCCGUCGGUGGCAGCGAUGCUGACGCUGUGGGCCACGGUACCCAUGUAGCAGGUACAAUUGGUGGAUCGACUUAUGGUGUUGCUAAACAAGCUACCAUCUUCUCCGUCAAGGUCUUCCAGGGAACUAGCAGCUCCACUUCGAUCAUCUUAGACGGAUACAGCUGGGCUGUCAACGACAUCACCAGCAACGGUCGCGAGAGCAAGUCCGCUAUCAGCCUGUCCCUAGGUGGUGGUUUCUCUUCCGCAUUCAACAACGCUGUCAACUCUGCUUACAGCGCUGGUAUCCUGUCUGUCGUCGCCGCCGGUAACAGCGCUACCGACGCUGGCAAUACCUCGCCCGCUUCGGCUGCCAACGCCAUCACUGUCGGUGCUAUCGACUCUUCCUGGAGAAUUGCUACCUACUCCAACUACGGAUCUGUUGUCGAUGUUUUCGCUCCUGGCACUGACGUUCUCUCCUCGUGGAUCGGCGGAAACACUGCCACUAACACCAUCUCUGGUACUUCGAUGGCCACUCCCCACGUGACUGGUCUUUCUCUGUACCUGAUUGCCCUUGAGGGUCUCACCACCCCCGCCGCCGUCACCAGCCGCAUCAAGGCUCUCUACACCAGCGGCAAGCUGUCUGGUAUCCCCAGCGGCACUGUCAACGCCGUCAUCUACAACGGUAACGGCGCUUAA